AUGACGUUCCACUCGAGUCGUCUGCGCUCUGUCCAACGAACCCUCGUUGAGUGCAAUCGCACAAGAUCAACUGGUUCUCUGACUCAUUCGCCCUGCCCUGCCCAAAGCCUGCGACCCGGCUCGAAUCAAAUUUGUCGCUUUGUCCCCACCAUCCCCCACCACCAAAACCUCCCCCGCCGCACGCGGUUCUUUUCUUCCACCCCUCGUUCCAGCGCGCUCGACACAAUGCCCAAGGAUAAGGUGUCAUUCACCCUCAAAACCCCCAAGGGGACAAAGGACUGGGCUGGCUCCGACGCCCUUCUCCGCGACCGCAUCUUUUCCACCAUUACCAACGUGUUCAAGCGCCACGGCGGCACAGCCCUCGACACCCCCGUCUUCGAGCUGCGCGAAAUCCUCGCAGGCAAGUAUGGCGAGGACUCGAAGCUCAUCUACGACCUGCAGGACCAGGGGGGCGAGCUCUGCUCCCUGCGCUACGAUCUGACCGUCCCUUUCGCCCGCUGGCUCGCCAUGAACUCCGAUAUCCGCAGCAUCAAGCGCUAUCACCUCGCCAAGGUCUAUCGUCGCGACCAGCCGGCUGUUAGCAAGGGCCGCAUGCGCGAGUUCUACCAAUGUGACUUCGAUAUCGCGGGCGCUUUCGACCCAAUGGUCCCCGACGCCGAGGUGCUCCGGAUCGUGAGCGAGGUGUUCGAGGAGUUGGGAUGGAAUGGCAAGUACACCAUCAAGCUCAACCACCGCAAGAUCUUGGAUGGAAUGUUUGCUGUGUGCGGAGUGCCCGAGAACUUGGUCCGUCCGAUCUCGAGCGCUGUCGAUAAGCUGGAUAAGAUGCCGUGGGCAGAUGUGCGCAAGGAGAUGGUUGAGAAGGGUCUGGAUGGAGCUGUUGCGGACAAGAUCGAGACCUAUGUUAUGAAUAAGGGAUCGCGCGAGCUGGUGGACAAACUCCUCGCUGACGAGGCGCUUACCGCUAACGCGUCUGCUAAGGCCGGUCUGGACGAUAUGGCUCUGAUGAUGGACUACUUGGAAGCCUUUGGUGUUCUAGAGAACAUCUCUUUCGAUAUGUCACUGGCUCGUGGCCUGGAUUACUAUACUGGCGUUAUCUAUGAGGUUGUCACCGAAGGCUCUGCCCCUGCCGUGCAAUCUGGAGCCCCGGAGGCUCAGAAGCUCGUCAAGAAAGACAAGAAGGCCUCUGAAGAUGAUGACCGAUCAAAUGACCCCACCCUUGGUGUCGGUAGUGUGGCUGCUGGUGGCCGCUACGAUAAUCUCGUGGGUAUGUUCCUGCCCAAGGCGCAAGUUCCUUGUGUGGGUAUCUCUUUCGGUGUCGACCGUAUUUUCUCUAUUACCAAAGCCCGUCUUGAGCGGGAGCAAAAUGCCAACCAGCUUCGCGCCAGCGAAGUGGAUGCUUUUGUCAUGGCCUUUGGUGGAAAGGGCUUCACUGGUCUGUUGAAGGAGCGCAUGCAAGUGUGCGAGAAGCUGUGGAGCGCUGGCAUCAGAGCUGAAUUCUCCUAUAAACUGAAGCCCAAGCUUCCACAACAAUUCAAGGCUGCCGAGCAAAGCGGCGUUCCUUUUGCUAUCAUUCUCGGCGAAGAGGAGCUGGCCGCUGGCAAGGUUAAGAUUAAGGAGAUGGGACUCAAGGAUGACCACCCCGAGAAGGAGGGUGUCGAGGUUGAACUGGCUCAGCUGGUACCCGAAUUACAAUCACGCCUCAACAAAAAGAAGGAAACCGACGGCGUGUCUGAGCUGACUGAGAAAGUCCAGGCCACCCAGGUUUGA